AUGCUCGGGCUCGCGGACUGCUGCAGACUUGUGUUGGGCGGCAGCGGCAGCCUGAGAGUGGCUGCGUCCGAGGGGUCGCAGAGCGGAGCCGGGACGGAGGAGAAGGGCGCCAAGCCGCAGCGUAUUCCCAAGAAGCUGCCUCCCAUGCCGCCCGGGAUGGACCCCAACCUCGAGCUCGUGCGCGUCGAGGACCUGAAGGGAGAUGCUGUUAGCGGAGUCGGCUUCGUGAAGAACGACGCGAACUCGACCGACGUGGGGCGCGUCGCGCUGCUGGUCGCCGGCGACGUGGCCGCGUUCCUCAUCUUCGCGGCGAUCGGGCGCGCCAACCACGGCGAGGGCAACGCCGUGGCGGAGGUCGUCGGCACCGCUCUCCCCUUCAUCCUCGGCUGGCUCGCCACGUCGCCCCUCACGGGCGCUUACAGCGAAGACGCGCAGAAGACCCAGGACCCGCUCAACGCGUGGCUCAUCACCGGAAAGUCGUGGAUCGCGGGCGUCCCCGUCGGCCUCGUGCUGCGCGGCGUCGCCAAGGGCCGCGUGCCGCCCAAGCCCUUCAUCAUUGUGGCGAUGGUCGCGACGCUGGUCCUGCUCGGCGGCUGGCGGUCGUUCCUCGCGAGCAAGACGAUCGACCCGCGCCUGAACCCCAAGGCGGCCGCCGCCGCCAAAGAGAACCAGGGAAACAAGAAGGGCAACGUGUUUGAGAUGUUCGAGCUGAUCGGGAGCCUCACGAAGCGCUGGUAG